AUGGGCUGCACUCAAUCUAAGAUCGAGAACGAGGAAACUGUAAAUCGAUGCAAGGAGCGGAAGCAAUAUAUGGAGCGGGCCGUUGCGGCCCGUAACAAGUUCGCGGCGGCCCACUCGGCCCACGCGAUGUCCUUGAAGAACACCGGUGCCGCUCUCAGUGACUAUGCUCAGGGAGAAGUCGUAUAUCCCGCCGCCGCCGCCGCCGCCGCCGGCGGAGGUGCUGGUGAUGCCACCCUUCAGCCACCACUUCCGCCUUAUGAUAAUUUUCCUCUGCCUCCUCCUCCACUACCCCCUUCGUUCAAUCCGACUUCUUCGCAGCUCCAGCGGGCGUCUACCGUUCCUGAACUCCGCCCUGAAUUGAAGCACUCGAACACGAUUAUUCAGGAGGAGAAUGAAGAGGAUAUUGACAAUGAGAGCACUCACAGUUUGAAGCAUCGCAGCAGUAAGAGUAGCGGACGAGGUAGUGGGGGCGGAAGAGGUGGACUUUCACAUAAGGAGGUUACUGAGGACGAGGUCUUGCAGAAGCCGCCUUCGCCGAUGCUUCCAAAUGAACGAGAGCGUGAGCACCCGGUCCCUCCUCCUCCUCCGGUGAAUAAAGAUUCGUCGUGGGAUUAUUUCUUCUCACCAGAAGUGCCGGUAUCGACACUGGCUGAUGUGGAGGAUGAUCAGUACAAUAUAGAGAAAAUUCAGCGGAAAAUGCGGGAAGAAAGGGCUAAGAAAAGUGAAAUGGAUGGUGAAGUUGAUGGAGGGAAGAAGGUUGAGCACGUGGAGGCAGCCACUGAAGUGGUGGAAGGCACAGUGGAACUUCCACCACAGCCUUCUCUGGCACAAGCAGCAGUGGCAACAAAGCUGGUCAAGAGAGUGAAAAUGGGGGCUUCGUCUGAAGGGAAAAUGAAAGGUGGACCGAGCAAUACAAAUUUGUUGCAAAUAUUUGUGGAUCUUGAUGAUUGUUUUCUCAAGGCUUGCGAGAGUGCUCAUGACGUAUCCAGGUUGCUUGAGGCGAACCGCUUGCAUUAUCACUCUAAUUUUGCUGAUAAAAGAGGACACAUUGAUCAUUCUACAAGGGUCAUGAGGGUCAUCACAUGGAAUAGGUCUUUCAAAGGUUUACCCAACGCAGAUGAUGGAGUUGAUGACUUUGAUUCAGAAGAGCAUGAGACUCAUGCAACGGUGUUGGACAAGAUGCUGGCAUGGGAGAAAAAGCUUUAUGAUGAAGUUAAGGCAGGUGAGCAAAUGAAACUUGAAUAUCAGAAAAAGGUUGCUUCAUUGAAUAAGUUGAAGAAACAUGGCUCAAAUACAGACGCCUUAGAGAGGAUGAAAGCAGCCGUUAGUCAUUUGCAUACCAGAUACAUUGUUGACAUGCAAUCCAUGGACUCUACUGUUUCAGAAAUUAAUAGUUUGCGUGAUGAUCAAUUGUAUCCAAAACUUGUCGUCCUUGUUGAUGCUAUGGCUAUAAUGUGGGAGACAAUGAAAAUGUACCAUGAAAAACAAUCUAAGAUUGUGCAAGCUUUGAGGCCUUUGGAUAUUUCUCAAUCUCCCAAAGAAACAAGUGACCGCCACCAUGAGCGCACUCGACAGUUAUGUGGUGUUGUUCAGGAGUGGCAUUCACAUUUCAGUGAAUUCAUGUCUCAACAGAAAGAAUAUAUUAAAGCUCUCAAAAACUGGUUGAAGUUAAAUCUCAUUCCAAUAGAUACAAACUUGAAGGAGAAGGUUUCAUCUCCCCGUGGGACCCAAAAUCCCCCGAUACUGACACUUUUGCAUUCCUGGAAUGAGUACCUCGAGAAGAUUCCUGAUGAGCCGACAAAAGCCACUAUCAAUAACUUUGCUGCUGUGAUUCAGACUAUAUGGCAGUAUCAGAAAGAUGAGUUGGAUUUAAGAAACAAAUGUGCAGAGUCUAGUAAGGAGCUUAUGAAAAGGACCCGAGAAUUCGAUACUUGGUAUAACAAAUAUAUGCAGAGGAGAACCCCACCUGAUGAAAUGGAUGCAGACAGGGAACCUGAUAAGGAUUUUGUUGCUGAAAGGCAGCAACCUGUUGAAGCAGCAAAACUGAAAUUGAAAAGCGAUGAGGAAGCAUACCAAAGGCAAUGCAUUCAGCUGAAACUUGACAAAAUUGCAGAGAAGAAACUGGACCCACCUCUCCUUCCUAAAUCUCCGGGAGAGAAGUCCCCUCCAAUCGUUACCAACCAAAAAAUGCAUUCAACAAAGCAUUCAGGCACGCAGCCCCUCCUUUCCGACUCCCAACACCAAGAACCACCAUAUGUUGUCGUAUUGACCUACCAACCACCGCACACCCACCGUGUUCUCAGUAAAUCCUGCCGCCGCAGCCUAAUAUGCUUUGCCACUUUAUUGCCCUUCCUCGUCGCCGCCGCCUACCUUCUCUGGCCCUCCGAUCCCGACCUCUCUAUCACCCGCCUCCGCCUUGAUCGUCUCCACUUUCAUACCAGCCCUAAAAUAUCCCUCGACAUUACCCUAGACCUCACCAUCAAGGUACGGAACAAAGACUUCUACUCCAUUGACUAUGAUUCCUUACUUGUCGCCAUUGGCUACAGAGGGAAGCGACUGGGGUCUGUUAUGUCCAAUGGUGGCGACAUCAAGGUCCGUGGAACGUCGUAUAUCAACGCCACGCUAGUUCUCGACGGAGUUGAGAUAUUGAGCGACGUGAUUCUGUUGCUGGAGGACUUGGCAAAGGGUGCGAUCCCGUUCGAUAUGACUUCCCAGAUUAGUGGGAGAUUUGGAAUGUUCUUUUUCGACCUUCCUCUAAAGACACAAAUAUCAUGCGAAGUCAUUGUAAAUACACGCAACCAAAAAAUUGCCCGACAAAGUUGCUACCCAGAGAUUUUUGAAGAGAGCUAG